GUCAUUACAUCAAAACAAAGUUCAUUGCAAAAAUCAUCUGGAUAGUAAGUCGACGGUCCGGGAAAAGUGAUGAUGGAAAAGUGUUGAGGGAAAAGAUAACAUUUAAUGAAAAUGGCCAACGUUAUUGUCUGGGAAUGGCUCUCAGAAAAUGAUAUGUGGAAGGCGUAUGAUCCUUUCGUUUGUAGUGCAAUAGAGAAAUCAUUUCGUAAUGAAGAAGUGAUAAAAUUAGGUGAAAUCGAGUCUUCGCUAUCGGCUUACGAAGUCGACCCGUCGAUUCCACAUCAAAAACGAAUCGAUACAGGAACUGUGAGAACAGUGAGGCGAAAAGUAUUUAAAUCAGGAUCUGCUCCUUCCAAGGAUAUCAGCUGGCAAUGGUACGAAGAUAACAAGCAAAUAUGGCAGCCAUAUGAUCUUCUAGCCAUGUGUAUAAUUGAGGACGAAUACUGCAAGAAAAAUUACAGAAUUGACCUAUCAAAAACUGAGUGUGCUUUACCUUAUAUUGUGGAUACUGUGAAUAUGGUACAAAUGCGGAUUGAUUCAGGGUACCGCAGAAAACUGAGGCGGACCCUGCUUGCAUCACCGUACCCCAGGGAGAAUGAACAGUUUCAGAAAGAAGACAGCUCUUUAGGUAUCUCAACAUCCGCAGCGUCAGUUGAAUAUGACAAUAAAGUGGAUGAUAGUACCGAUGAUGCUAAUGUAGGAGAUACGACAAGAGAUCUAGAUUCAGAGAGUAUUGCCUCUAGAGGGCAGGCUUCAAAUGAUCAGAGUAUGAGUGGAUUACAGCACCAACAAAACAGAAAGUCAACUUGGAAGUCGAAGCAAACGGUUGCAGCUGUUCACAAAGUGCAGACGACGCUAGCCUGGAGUUCGACUGAUGAACCUACUAGUGCAGUAUCAAGAGAGACAUUGGAAAGCGAAGGAGAAGCAAGUGUUAAGAAGGUUCCUCGAUCGCUGAGUGAACCAGGUGCAGUUGGCAAUUCUCCAUAUCAUAAGACACAUGACCACGGGAGUGUUGCUCACUCGCAUGGACCAACAACCUCGGGAACACGACCAAAAGUGCGGGCAUCUGGGAACAGUGUUGGUAGUAAACGUGGAAUGAGCAGGUCGCAAUCAAUGCCUGUCACCAUCACUGCUAGAGCAGCACACGCUGCUGGCCCACAUCUUAGUCCUGUCAUGACAUCCAUUACCAGCAUGCUUAUGUCGCCCAUCAUCCCAUCAGUGCGGAUAAAUGCUACGCCUGUUCCUGUCUUCAACCCCCCACAUACAUCAAGAGGUUGUCUACGACCUGUGCAUGGUAUUAAGCCUAAUAAGAAACGCAGAAGACACUCUUUCCUAAAAGUAAGCAGUCCUGAGGACGUUGUAAAGCAGUACGUAACAAAAUUUAAAGAAAUUCCAGAUGAGAAUUGUCCUAUUUGUGUUGGUCCACUGAAAGAAAAUUCUGACUUUCAAGAGGAAAAUGAAGAUGAGGUGCUGAAACUGAACAAGUGUAAUCAUAUAUUUCACCAAAGCUGUCUACACGCCAUGUACCUAGCUGGACCUAAGGAUGGGAGUAUACAAUGCCCUACGUGUAAGACCAUAUAUGGCGUGAAACAUGGAAAUCAGCCGCCUGGUCGUAUGGACUAUCAUGUUAUACCUCACUCGCUUCAGGGCUUUCCAGACUGUGGCACCAUUAGGAUUAUAUACGACAUUCCACCUGGAACUCAGGGCUCUGAACAUCCAGAUCCCGGUAAAAGAUACUCUGCCAAUUUUCCACGUCAUUGCUAUCUACCAGAUAAUGACAUGGGACGCAAGGUUUUAAAGUUACUUAUUGUUGCAUGGGACAGAAGACUAAUCUUCACUAUAGGGACAUCAGCUACAACUGGACAAGCAAACACUGUAGUGUGGAAUGAGAUUCACCACAAGACAGAGUUUGGUUCAAAUGUUACUGGUCACGGGUUCCCAGAUCCUAACUACUUCACAAAUGUUUUAUCAGAACUGGCAGCUCAGGGAGUCACAGAAGAGUCUCUGGAAGACCAGUAGAAAAGAAUGGACAUCAAAAUAGAGGACCGGUAGAUGGGAAUGAACGUCAGAAUGGAAGAACUGUAGAAUAGAAUGAAUGUCAGAAUGGAACACCAGUAGAAGAGAGUGAACAUUAGAAUGGAACAAUGUCAGUAAAAAGACCAAUAAAAGAGGACAGCCAUCAAGAUGCUGCAAGAGCAGUUCUUUUCAUAUUCUAAAGGUGUCUUGAAUGUAUUUAUUUAUAAUAUUUAAUUUUAGUUCCCUAUAUUUUUAAGGUUUUUAACUUGUGAAGAUGUUAGUAACAAUGGUUCCUCCCUGCAUGUUUUUUUGUCAUUACUUGUAGGCUAAAUCAGAACAUCUCUGACCAGCAUGAGGAGAGGUACAAACAGAAUUUUAAAUACAGUAAUUAUAAGGUGCAGCUGCAUAAGAAAAUUGUAAAUUAUUUAACUAUAGAGAUGUUGAUAAAAGGGUACAUGAUUACAGUGAAAGCAGAGGGAAGUUUAGUUCCAUUUGAAUAUAAAAAAUUGAAAUGGCAGAAUAUAAGUGCUACAAAAAAAAAUUAUCAAACUAAAAUAUAUAGUGUGUCCAGAUUAUGAAAUUUUAUGUGAUGUGCCCAUAUAUGGGCAUGAUGAUGUCAUAUUACAUCCAAAUAUGGGCAUAUCACAUAAAAUUUGAUAGUGUGGACAGGAAUUAGACCUUCUACAGUUGAAGAAUAUUUUAAACAUUUUAAAAGCAAAAUAUUGUAUGAUAAAAAGUGUGGUAUUUUUUAAGUUUCUAAUUUCAUGUCUAGAUUUUGUAUUUUUAUUGCUAAAACCAUUUACAAAGACAUUUUUUAAGAAUAACAUUGAUGUAUGAACCACUUUUGCCAUAUUUUACCAAUUUACAACUUAACCAUUUGAAAAUUUUAUCUAUAUGCGAAUACUAAAAGAAUAGAUAGACAUUCUUAUUCUAUAACUAUAAUAUACUGUAAUUGUCAAAAAUCCCAAUAAAUUAUGAAAAUUUAUAGAGUACCAAAGUUUUUUAAUCAGUUGCAAAUUGUUACAUUGUUAGUUUACUAAUGUAGACCUUACUAAGUUAAAUAGUAAAGGAAUUUUAUGACAUGAGUGCUUUUAAAAGAUUGCAUUUUCAUUUUGUUUGAAAAACUGACAUAUUGUAAUUUCCCCAGCUAGCUUCUCCCAUACAAUGGAGAAUUUGCAUGUCUAUCAAAUCCAGUGAUUGGGGAACUGAAGCCCUGAAUUGUGUGGUAGAUAUUUGGUAUCCUGUAGUGUAUAUUGAGGAUUAAGACUACUGUAAGACUAUUUGUAGCCUGCCAAUCAAGUAAAAAAACCACACCCCUUAAAUACUGUAUAUGUUAAACAUACUUUUCAAUUAGAUUUAGUGAUUAAUAUUUGGCAGAAUUGUUGUUCUUCAGUAUCUUCUCUCAGUGUUAAAUCCUGCUGGUCGUUGAGAUGGCCAUUAUCAGGCCUUUUAGUUGCUGGUGCUAUAUUGUACUUUAUAAAAAAUGUUUCUGCUCAAAUGUAAAUAUUUUUGACCUACUCUAGCAAAAACAGGCUCUUGUCUCAAAAAAAUGAACAUUACACUAUUAGAUCUUGCUAUUAAUUGAUGUAAAAAUUGCGCCUGGUUUUGCAAGAGUUGGUCACAUUAAGUACAGUAUUAAUGACGGGUAGUGAUGUGGUUUGGUGGUUAGGAUACUUGACAAUAGCUCCUGGUUUCAAACAAGGAUUUUUGUUUUCAUAGAUAAAAGAACAAUUCCAUUCCAUAUUUUUUUUUUUUUUUAUGAGAAUGAAAAAUGCAUUUUAAACAUAUACCAUAUUUUUAUUACAUUUUAAACAAAAAGGGUGGAGGGGAUGGAGAAGGGUGGGUUGGUAAAAUUUUAAAUAUGUUUACAUUUCUCUAUACAGUAUAACACCUUUGUAUCAAUCAGUCUCAAGUGAAAUGUAAAUAUACUUGUGUUUGGCUUUUAAAUUUCAGGUAGAUGCAGGGUAUUUAAAGGUUUUUGAAAAUUUAAAGAAAUUUAGUUUGAGUGUUUUCCAGGACCUUCAAAGCCAUAGAAACCCCGGGGGGGGGUUCACUCUUAAUUAUUUCUAUACAGGUAGAAAGAAGAACGGGUAUGGAAGAGUUUCAGCAUGUAUAGGGUAUAUUUGCUAGGACUUGGUAGCACAAAUGUGGGAAAUACCAGGUAAAAUUGGUAGUUAAAGUCCCUGCUUCGUCCCGUAUCAUCAAAGCAGUAUAAUUUUUCACACGAUUUUAGCGAACAGUAAAGAUUGCGAACAGACAUAACUGCAGUCUUAUUCGCCAUCGGAAACCAGAACAAGUUUAAUUUGUUAGGUUACAUGGCCGUAAUAGUAGUUCAACUGAUACUGGAUUUUGGUAAAUGGUAGUUCAAGUCCCUAAUAAUUUUCAGUAGAAUAGGUAGCGCAAGUGUCUCAUGUCUUGGAGUGGCUGCUGCACACCCCCUAAGGUUGGUAUACAAGUGAAACAACCCCCCCCCCCCCCACACAGGCAUAGAAAAUGACUGGCUAUGGAAAAUUUAUGUACGGUAAUUUGACUUUCACUUCUGUUUCAUUUGUUUUGUUGAUUUUGUAUUAUCAUUUUCUGUGAAAUAAGGUCUUGAAAUGUUAUAGAAGUGUAUGUGAGCCAAUGUGUACCUAUCCCGAGAUGAAUGCUUAGAGAUAUAUUAUAAGCCAUGGUGUAUACUUAAUUCAUACUUGCCAUUCCACUAGUUUUAUCAUUGAUGAUAAAUGGACAUAUUAAGAAAAACAUCUCUACCUGAAAUACCUGAGGCUAAUAACAGCCUCCCACACAUAUUGUUUUAAUUUAAAUAUCAAUUCUGUCAACUUUUUUUUUUAACAUUUGAGAUGGAAUAUUUUAGUACACUACAAUUAUUCAUCAGAUAAGAGUUUUUAUUUUUUUCUCAUAACUUGCCUUACACUGAAGUUCAGUAAUAGAACAUCUCAUUUAGUGUGGUUUAUUGCUUGUUUAUGAGCAUCACAAGUUAGUGACGAACGUCAUGAGGCUUGCAUAAAUGUCACUGUAGUGUUUUCUUUUCAAAGUGAAUGACAUUAAAAUAAAUGCAACAUUAACAAUA